CUCCUUCUUCCGGUGAUCUGGUGCAGCAGUCAGCUUGUAUCCAGAACUAACUCUAUCCAAGUCACGGCUUGUGGGAAGUAUAAGCCUAGUAGUCUACUUUCUCAUACACUUUAGUGCGCAGGAAUCAAAUAGUGAGCAUUCAACUGGAAGCAACAGCUAAUUAUAUCGAGAGUCAUUUAGUUUCGCGGUGUUGGUUAGACUACUCAUUAUAGGAAUUAAGGAAGAAGACGCAAGACGCUCCUUACAUUUCACCAGCGCGUAAAGGACAACAUUUAGUUAUUUUCCCCCCCUUGCCUGGACGGAAGACUAACGCCCACUAAUAGAAGACAGCCUCCAUCGCAGUGUUUCGGAAGUUUGACUUGUAAAUACGACUGUUGUGGUCAUUUUAUUUAGGCUAGAUUUAUUUCCUCUCUUCCUUGUCAAUGCUUUGUGAGAACGGCUGGUUGUCUACCGUAAAAACGUAAGGCUAUUGAUAACGGAGAUAACGGAGAAGUGUACUGCCCUGACCUCUAGAUGCCGGGUAUAAACUCCACCACCGCUCCUCGCUAUGAGUCAGGCUGGGAGAUGGAGUACGACCGUUAUCAACAUUACUUCUACGACGACCACGAUCCGGACGAGGAUUUCUUUAAAUCCACUGCGCCCAGCGAGGACAUAUGGAAGAAAUUCGAGCUAGUACCGACUCCGCCCAUGUCCCCUAUCCGGACGUUGGAGGGGGCAGCCGGGUUCGGGAUGGUCUGCCCUUCGCUGGGGGACAAACUCGAGUGGGUGUCUCAGUUUUUGGGUCAAGAUGACGACCAGGAUGUGCCGUGUAAACUCAGUUCCGCCGACGAGGCUUUGGGUAACCUGAGCUCCAUUAUCAUCCAGGAUUGCAUGUGGAGUAGCUUUUCGGCAGGUAAACAGCUGGAGAAAGUUGUCGGGGAGCGACACGCUUCCUGUCCCGGGUCGGGGUUGACCAAACCGGCCCCGCAGCAGGUGGGAGCUGGCAUCAACACCCCCGGGAGGGCGCAGUGUGUGACGAUGCCCAUGGACACGGCUGUUCCGGUUCACAGUAGCUUGGCAACGGAUUGCGUGGACCCGGCUGCUGUUCUCACCUUCCCCCUGACCGGGGGACCGUUCAAAAAACCUACGGUGUCCUCCGGUUCGGAAUCCCCCACAGACUCAUCAGAUGAUGAAUCUAGUGAUGAUGAUGAUGAGGAGGAGGAUGAAGAGGAGAUUGAUGUGGUGACUGUGGAACACAAGCAGUACAAGUCCCGGCGGCUGGCCAACGGCGGGCUGAACGGGCGGACGCCGGUGACCAUUAUGGUUGGAGCAGACCCUGUGGACCCGUGUAUGAAACAUUUCCACAUCUCUAUCCACCAACAGCAGCAUAACUACGCAGCGCCUUCCCCCGACACACACAAACAUCCCGAGCCCCCCAGGAAGAGGGUCCGACACGAGCCCCCAAACUCUUCUCAUAACUUCUCAAACUCAUCUCACCCCCAGCCACACCCAGGCCCCGCCUCAACCAAUCAGUACUCUGAGAGCAAAUCGCCUCACGUCGCAGUAGCAACGGCCAGUUUGGAGUCACCUGAUGCCAACGCACUCAUCCUUGCCUCCUCCCCCUCGAACUCUCCCCCAUCCUCCUCCUCCUCCCACCACCUCUCCCCCUUGAAGUCCUUCUCCCACUGCUCCCACCCCUGCAGCCCCCAGUCCUCCGACUGUGAGGACACGGACAAACGCAAGACUCACAACUUCCUGGAACGUAAACGGCGCAACGACCUGCGCUCUCGUUUCCUGGCGCUGCGGGACAACAUCCCUGGCUUGGCAGAGUGCCCCAAGACGCCCAAGGUGGCCAUCCUGACACGUGCCACAGAGUACCUGGCGCAGCUGCAUUCUAGCGAGCGCCAGCGGGCACAGGAGAAACGUCAGCUGAAGGCCAGACAGCAGCAGCUACUCCGCAGGUUGGCACAGCUCAAGCAAUGCCCCUGAACUCACUGACUGACUGACUGGCAGGCUGGCAAAGCUCAAACAACGCCCCUAAAGUGACUGGCUGGCACAGCUCAAACAACAUCCCUGAACGGACUGGCAUACUGACUGGCAGCGACCUCUAGUCGACAGAAACCAGGACUGAAUGAAAACCAACUCUCACUAUCAGGCUGGCAGGGAGAGAAGCCCAAGUAGUAUGCUUUGCUCAACCCAAUAUUAUAAACCAGGACUGAGUCAAAACCAGGGAUGGAUCUCAACCCAAUAUUAUAAACCAGGACUGAGUCAAAACCAGGGAUGGAUCUCAACCCUAUAUUAUAAACCAGGACUGAGUCAAAACCAGGGAUGGAUCUCAACCCUAUAUUAUAAACCAGGACUGAGUCAAAACCAGGGAUGGAUCUCAACCCUAUAUUAUAAAUCAGGACUGAGUCAAAACCAGGGAUGGAUCUCAACCCAAUAUUAUAAACCAGGACUGAGUCAAAACCAGGGAUGGAUCUCAACCCUAUAUCAUAAACCAGGACAGAGUCAAAACCAGGGAUGGAUCUCAACCCUAUAUCAUAAACCAGGACAGAGUCAAAACCAGGGAUGGAUCUCAACCCUAUAUUAUUAAACCAGGACUGAGUCAAAACCAGGGAUGGAUCAGAGAGGAUUUUCUUGCUCUUGUUGCCCCAAUCCCAAAUGGAUCCCUUUGCCCCUAUUCUUAGGAAAGUGGUUCAAGAUCUGCAAGGACAAUAACGAUCAAGGGAAAUGACAUAAUGGGUAGUGUUGGGAUGGGGUUGUGAACUCCCAGACACACAGGAUGGGAUUAAGGAGCAAAGACCCAAACGUUCACUUUGUGGGGAGUGGGUUAUAAUGUGGUGUUAUGGUUAUUUCUGUUUGCACAUUUGCUUCAGUGAUUGACAGAGCAAUCAUCUCGUCAGGAAGGACAGUAACCUGAUUGGGGGGGGGGGGGAUUCUGGGCUGGCAUUUUAUCUCCCUGUUAUAUCUACCAGAUUUAAUAAAGUAUGUAAAUAUUUAAUGUUAAUUCAUGUUUCCCGAUAGGAAGACUAUUUGUUGACGAGAAGAUAUCAUGCCAUGUAGGCAGUGUGAGAUUUGAUCGUAUGCAUGUGUGUAAAGAUUAUCCAUCGCUACAGCAACAACGGCUCAGAUUUAGUUGAUGUUGACAUGAGAACAUCUUGAAAUAUAAUCCUAAACUAAAUACAUUUUUGAUCAGCUCUGAAACUCAACAAUAUAUUUAUACUUUCAGUGCCAUUUUGAAACCAGUCAGUGACUAAUGGAUUUUUUUUUCUUCUAUUGAUCAAAAUGUUAGCCAUUGCAAACAAUGUCAGUUUAUUUGAAACUGACAGGAAAUGGAACAUCUGCUUGUGUAUCUUAACGUUGUUCUUAUAAUAUUUGCCACCCGUGCAUCUUAUUUCCUGUUACUGUCUAAGACUGUAUGGUAUCAUGAGUGGAUCCAUCGAUUUGUGCAUUAUGUCCACAUCAGCCUGGCAAUGUACAUAGACUGUCGUGUGUGUGUGCAUGUCUCGCUGUGUGUUGGUAUCUCACUGUGUGUUACAUACUAGUAUCCUUCUGUACAGUCCCUAAUGAACCAAAACCAGAGCUUUCAGAUUUCGUCCUAUUUUCUUUCCUGUUUCCUGACACUGGCUUAACUCAAAUCUCAAAAUGAUUAUAUUUUUGUUAGUAAAAAAAAAAAGGUUAAAUAAAUAAAUAUUCAAAUAAUAACACUAUUGAAACGUUACUUUGAUCACACUUGCCACUUUGUGACGCUGUGCCUGUUUUCUUUACAGUAAUCAUUUUGUUUCUUGUUGAUUUGUACAAAAGUUCAGAGUUUUGUACUAUAUUUUCCUACAGUUUUUUUUUUUUUGUGAGCUGACGUGGUUGGUAUGGCUGUUAUGUGCUGCCCCUCCCUCUCUCUCUCCCCCCCCCCCCCAUCUCUUUCAACCCUCCCUGCUCAAACUAAUCAUUAUCUAGCCAGCACUUUCUAAAAUCUCACAAUAGGGCACCUAAGAAAAUGUAGUUCUUAAAGGCCUUGGUCGGUUGGCCUCAAGUGAACCCACUGUCUCAGCCUCUCUCUCUCUCAGCCUCUCUCUCUCUCUCAGCCUCUCUCUCUCUCUCAGCCUCUCUCUCUCUCUCAGCCUCUCUCUCUCUCUCAGCCUCU